AUGAGUUUGUUGAAAACUGCUUUUGUUUGGUGUUUCUGGUUGGGACUGUUGGAGUUAUCAUAUGGAGCAAGAAUCAGACACUACAACUUUGAUGUGGAAUACAUGAUCAAAAAACCAGAUUGUUUAGAACAUGUUGUGAUGGGAAUCAACGGUCAGUUUCCAGGUCCAACUAUUUCAGCUCAAGUUGGUGACACUCUUGCCAUUGCACUCACCAAUAAGCUUUUUACAGAAGGAACUGUUAUUCACUGGCAUGGAAUCAGACAGCUUGAUACUCCUUGGGCUGAUGGAACUGCUGCAAUAUCUCAGUGUGCUAUAAAUCCAGGAGAAACUUUUCAUUACAGAUUCAAAGUUGACAGGCCUGGAACAUAUUUCUACCAUGGACACUAUGGUAUGCAAAGAGCAGCAGGGCUAUAUGGUUCUUUAAUAGUAAAUUUACCAGAGAAUCAAACGGAGCCGUUUCAUUAUGAUGGUGAGUUUAACUUGCUUCUUAGUGAUUUGUGGCACACAAGUUCACAUGAACAAGAGGUUGGUCUUUCUUCUGCUCCAAUGAGAUGGAUUGGUGAACCACAGUCACUGCUCAUCAAUGGACGAGGACAGUUUAACUGCUCCCUAGCAGCUAAAUUUGUGAACACUUCCCUACCCCAAUGCAAUUUCAAAGGUGGUGAAGAAUGUGCCCCUCAGAUUCUUCAUGUGGAGCCAAAAAAAACCUACAGAAUUAGGAUUGCUAGCACAACGUCAUUAGCUUCACUUAACUUGGCCAUUUCAAAUCACACACUUAUUGUAGUAGAAGCAGAUGGAAACUACGUGCACCCAUUCGCCGUCAAUGACAUCGACAUCUACUCCGGCGAAACCUAUUCAGUCCUUCUCACAACAGAUCAAGACCCAAACAAAAACUACUGGCUCUCAAUUGGCGUCAGAGGACGAAAACCAAACACAUCACAAGCCCUAACAAUCCUGAACUACAAAACAAUCUCCGCCUCCGUUUUCCCAACUUCACCUCCGCCAGUAACUCCAUUAUGGAACGAUUUCGAACGUAGCAAAGCCUUCACAAAACAAGUCAUUUCCAAAAUGGGAACACCACAGCCUCCAAAAUAUUCAAACCAGAAAAUUCUCCUCCUCAACACACAAAACUUGAUCGGUAAUUUCACUAAAUGGUCCAUCAACAAUGUUUCAUUAGCAUUACCAGUUACACCUUACAUAGGAUCAUUCAAGUUUAAACUAAAAAACACGUUUGAUAGAAAACCGCCACCAAGGACUUACCCGAUCGACUACGACAUAUUUAAGAAUCCGGUUAACCCGAACACAACUACUGGUAACGGUGUUUAUGUUUUUCAGUUAAACGAUGUUGUUGAUGUUAUACUACAGAAUGCAAACCAGUUAAACGGGAAUGGUAGUGAGAUUCAUCCUUGGCAUUUGCAUGGACAUGAUUUUUGGGUUUUGGGGUAUGGAGAAGGGAAAUUCAAACCCGGAGUUGAUGAGAAGAAGUUUAACUUGACGCGCGCGCCUUUGAGGAACACUGCGGUUAUAUUUCCAUAUGGUUGGACAGCGUUAAGGUUUAAGGCUGAUAAUCCUGGUGUUUGGGCGUUUCAUUGUCAUAUUGAACCUCAUUUGCAUAUGGGAAUGGGUGUUAUUUUUGCUGAGGGUGUUCAGAAAAUUGGGAGAGUUCCUCCACAAGCUCUUACUUGUGGUGCUACUGCGAGGUUUGUAAGCAAUGGACACUAA